CUGUCUCCCUCUUUUCGCCUUCAAGAGUUUAGGAAAGGACUAACUACAGGCCUAUCGCGAAGCUAGGAUGGCCCCGGCGGCAGCUGCAGGAAUGCUCACCCUGACUAAAGUGUUGAUCAGUGAUAGCCUGGACCCCUGCUGCAAGCAGAUCCUGGAGGCGGCCGGAAUCCAAGUCCUAGAGAAAUCUAAUCUCGGCAAAGAACAGUUGCUGACCGAGAUCAAGGAUGUUGAUGGGCUCAUUGUACGCUCGGCAACCAAAGUGACUGCAGAGAUCAUCAAUGCAGCGGAAAAGUUGCAGAUCAUUGGGAGAGCCGGAACUGGGGUUGACAAUGUAGAUGUGGAGGCUGCUACAAGGAAAGGAAUCCUAGUCAUGAAUACUCCCACUGGCAACAGUCUCAGUGCAGCAGAGCUAACAUGUGGUAUGAUCAUGAGUCUGGCGAGGCAAAUUCCACAAGCUGCAGCCUCAAUGAAAGAUGGAAAAUGGGACCGUAAAAAGUUUAUGGGGAUGGAACUUCAAGGGAAGACCGUAGGCAUUCUAGGCCUUGGCAGGAUUGGACGAGAGGUAGCCAUUCGUAUGCAAUCCUUUGGCAUGAAGACCAUAGGCUAUGACCCCAUAAUCACAUCUGAGGAGUCAGCUACCUUUGGUGUUGAACUGUUGUCAUUGGAACAGAUCUGGCCACUGUGUGACUUCAUCACAGUGCAUACCCCACUCCUGCCUUCCACCACAGGGCUUCUCAAUGACAUUACAUUUGGUCAAUGCCGCCAUGGGGUCCAGGUGAUCAACUGUGCCCGAGGAGGUAUUGUAGAUGAAGGUGCCCUUUUGCGGGCUCUCCAGUCUGGCCGCUGUGGAGGAGCAGCCUUAGAUGUUUUCACAGAGGAACCACCCAAGGAUAAAGCCUUGGUUAACCAUCCCAAUGUAAUCAGCUGUCCCCACUUGGGUGCCAGUACCAGAGAAGCUCAGAGCCGCUGCGGAAGAGAUAUUGCCAUGCAGCUUGUAGACUUGGCCCAGGGCAAGGCACUAGUUGGCAUUGUAAAUGGACAGGCUCUCAGCGGUGCAUAUGCAUCCCAUACCAAGCCAUGGAUUGCACUGGCUAGAGCUUUAGGAAGUGUGCUAUAUGCACUGAGCCACCAAGUGAACGGAAGAGUGCAGCUUAUUACCGAGGGUUCAACCUUGCAGAAGUCUAGCAACUACUUGAUUCCUGCAGUGGCAAUGGGGCUCCUUCAAGAAACUACACAGAAGGAUGUGAACCUUGUGAAUGGGCUGCUUCUGGCUCAAGAGGCUGGGUUGAAGAUCACCACUACUCACACUGAUAGAGCACUGGGCAAUAACGGACAACUGCAACUAACUGCAACCAAUUCCCCUCAUGUGCUUGUUGGCUCUGUGCAAGGCACCAUUCCAUGCCUGCUAGAACUCAACGGAGCAACCUUCAAGCAGCUGGUUCCUCUCAGUGGUCCUCUGCUGUUCUACAAAUCCAAGACCUCCAGUGUCAGUGUGUUACCAACAAUUAUUGAUCUAUUAGGGAAGACCAAAAUAGAGCUGCUGUGUUACCACCGUUCCAGUACUGAAAGUGGACAGGAGUGGAAUGUCCUGAGUCUAUCUUCUGCUCUACAAAACCUGCAGGAACUGAAGCCACAUCUUACAGAAGUGUUCCAGGUGAUACUUUAAAUUCUGGUGAAGAACCUGACAGGGCCCACCAGUUUCUGUAAUGUGAAUCUUAUAUAUCUAAUUAAAAAUAAUGCAAAAAUGA